UAGCGCCCCGCAGCGCCCCGCGCCGCCACCACAGGGCAAACGACACCAAAACAAGCGGCGGGGACGACACACCGGCGGCCGCGCUGAUUGGUUGGGACUCGGUGAGCAGGGCGGGGUCGGGUGGAGCUGCUUUGCUGAUUGGAUGCAGAGCGUGGUGGGGCGGGGAGAUCGCGCUGAUUGGCUGCGGCGCGGCGAAGAUCGGGGCUGGCAGCCGUUGGCGCGGGGUUUGAAGAUGGCGACGGCGGCCCGAGGCGCGCUGGGAGUGGCGGACAGCAGCGAUAACUCCGUCAGCCGCUCCGAGAAUUCGGCCCCGCCGGACGCCGUGGAGGCCGUGGCCGCGGAGUGGAUGCUGGAGUUCGCCUGCUCCUCCCUGUGCCGCCACUUCGAGGAGCAGAGCGGGGCGGAGUUCUGGCGCUGGCGGGACGUUGCGCAGGCUCUUAUUAAUGGUUUCUCCCAAAUACCUCCACAUCAGAAAAAAACAGUAUAUCUCUGCCAGCUUUUGAUAAGAAUUGCACAAGGAAAAACUCUUGGAUUACAGUUUGAAAAUGAUCCAAGAAUUUCACCUUUGGAAUCUGCUCUGUCUUUCUGGACUUUACUCGAAAGGGAAGAAAUUAAACUGGAAAAACUUCAUGAAGAAAUUCGUCGCUUGAUUCAAAUUCAGAUUGUAGCAGUCUAUAUGGAAAACAGAUAUUUCAAGGAAGCUGCUGAAGUUCUUGAAAGGUUGUUCACAGACUCUGAAUCAGAUAAGCCUUUAAGGGUGAAGCUGGCAACCGUAAUUAAAACCAAGGAUCCAUAUGUUCCUCUUCUCCAAAGCUUCAGUUACAGUCUUUUGAUAAGUAAAAUCAAGUCUUACAUUGAACUUUUCAUGAAAGAAAAUGAAACUAACUUCUUAAGACAGGAAGCCACAAAACAUGUGGUUUCUAAAGGGUUGAGAGCAACAUUGCAAAACAGACCUGUGGAAGUCAAUGAAAAUGGCAAAAGUGAUUUGGAAACAAAACAAAGAUUGAUGAAAGAGAAACAGUGUAUCACAAGCCAGUCAUCUGUAAGCAUAAAAAAACCCAUAGCAAGGAAACGUUCAGGACAGAAGCCCAAAGAGAGCAGAGUUCUUCAGAGUCUUAACAACUUGCAAAAUGUGGGAAAAAAUGGAGUUCCUUUGGCAUGUAGCCGAAAAAAACAGCUAUGGACUCCCAAAGAAGACUUGGAGCUGAAAUCGGGAGUAAGGCAGUUUGGAGUGGGUAACUGGGCUAAAAUUUUAGCCCAUGGUAACUUCAACAACAGAACAAGUGUCAUGUUGAAAGACCGGUGGAGGACACUGAGCAAGACCAAACAAAGCUGAUUUGGACUGCAGGAACCAACUCUUCUUGACCUUUCCCUACAUGAGGACCUAUUCUAGCUUUUCAGAAUAACAUCUUAUUUUAGACUCAGAGUAUCCAGUACUGUUGCUGUCCUAAAACAUGAAACAGAAUAGUAAUAGGUAUAAAACAUUUGUGUAAGCUCACUUGCUCUGGUAAUGAGGACUUAAAUGUAGAGUCUGGCCUUUUUUGCUGUAUGCAGUAACAGAUCACCUAGAUUCUGAAAUGUGAAAGUGUUUGCAGUGAUUUAAGAGAUGUCUAUUAUGUAAAUUAGGGGUAUUAGAUCUUUAGUUUGAUGGGGGCUAAUAAAAAGUCAAGUGUUCUGUAUUUUUAAUGGGCUAUAUCUCUUCUUAGAUUGACCUUUUCAUAUUUUUACUUCCUGCCAUAAAGCCCAUUCUAAUUUGCUUUGCUUUACUUUGAAAUUUAGAUCAGACUUGUCAUCUCUGUAAGUUAUACUGAAAAGCAUGUAUGUAUUAGUAUUGUUAAUUUUAUGAGAUAAUGGUUUGUUGGGUUUUUUUCUGCAGUUAAAAAGGUGUAAAUUCAUAUAAUGUUGUAUUUGUAAGUAACAAAGGGACUGGUUAAUUUUUUACAUGGAAAGGAGCACUAUUAUACUAGCACUUAGCAUCUCUUGGUUAGCUUGUGCCACCUACCUUGUCUUGACAAGUGACUUCUUCCAGAGCAGCAGGAAAGGGAAAGCUCAAAAACACAUGGCCAAAGUGGGGCGCAAUAAUGAGUCUACUCUGUCAGUGACAGCAAAGAUACUCUUUAAUGGGGGUCACUAGCAAAGUCUCUGCUGGCCACUGUAACUCUCCUGCUCAUGGGAGACUGUAACAGAUGGAUGAUGGCACUAGCCUGUAUCUCUGGAUUCAGAUAAUUUGGAAGAGAUUUCCACAAUCUCAGAAAACUCACGCUUUCCGCUGUCAUACUGGUGUGAAUCAAGUGAAAUGCAAUUCAAAGUUUGUUUUACAACACAUUCUUACUGUAGACAGAACCUCAAGCAGAUCACCUUUCUUAUUCUUGCUAGGAGACUCUAUGGCUUCUUCCAGGAAGUCUUCAUGUUGCACGCAAAUGCUGCCUGUCUUAACAGGAAAUUUUCUCAACCUUCAUAGCAGUCUUGUCAGUUCUCAGUAAGUAAUUUUUUUACUCUUAGCCAAGGCCUUAGUCACAAAGUCUGGUCUAGGUUCAUCUGCCAGAAAAGUUACACUAUGUAUUACAAAGUUCUGAGGAGACUAAUUCCUUAACAAUGCUGACUAGGUAUAUGUCUUCAUGAAGGUGGCUGAACAUGAAAACUGCAGUGUAGAGGAAGAAUACUUACAUAGUUAAAGUGUAAAAAAUUGUCUAGAUGAUACUGGAGAGGAACAAAGUACCUAAACUGAAAUCAGUUUUAGCUUUCAAAAACUUAAUUUUUAUUCACCCUUGCUCUUAAAUGUUGACAGUAACUAUUGUCAGACUUGAAAAUAUUUGGCUGGCUCACUACUGAGUAGGAGCAGUGCCUGUAGACAGGGCUUUGGCCAGUAAAGAUGGAAAGCAACUUUUGUGGUUAGAAACAUUAGCAUUUUAAUUACAAAAGAGAAACAGGGUAACAUGCUUCUAGUGUUCUAAUACAGAGAUUCAGACUUUGCAUUUUGUAUUAAGGCGGAGAGAAUUUCCUGAAAUGAUUCUGCCAAAGUCCUGACUCCUUUAAAAUUUGUUAAGGCUCCAGAAAAUGCAGCAGAAAUAUAUAGGUUUCUUGGCAUUGGUGUUAAUUUUCUUAGUCUUUUUGUUGCAAUUUUAAAGGUCUUUUAAACUUUUAUGUAAAAAUAAAACUAUGCACCAGGGGACAGGAACAGUGUUCCAGUUGCCGGAUCUUCUUCCAGGUUCCUUGGCACUGAGAGUUGCCAAUUGCUUCCCAGUGUAAGAUUUUAUCUCUGAAAUGAGACAAUAAAUAUGAAAUUAGAAGAGUAAAAGCUAUGUAUUUAGUAUUACUGGAUUGUGUUGUAUAAAAUGUCAGAAGAUUGGAUUUGUUUAAUCAUAUAAGACUUUAUUAAACACAUCCAGCUCUUAAAAUUCUUUCUGGAGCAGACAUUAUAUUCCUAAGUGGAAUAUCCAGCAUGGUGCGUUGAGUAGCUAGUUGUACAGGUAUAAGUAGUAUGCAUAUUAAUAAAUGUAUGGAUCAUAUAAAAAUCAGUUCUGAAUAAUAAAUAUCUACUUGCACAAUUAAUUUUCUAAAAAACAGGUAUAUAUGCUUGAGGGGAGUACCAAUCCACCACGGUUAAAUCUGCAAUCAGAUUUUGGACAAUGGCAGGAAAUACCCUUUUUAAGUAAAAGUGCCCAUAGCUGUAAAAAGUCCUCUUCCACUACACAAAUUCCAUCACCUUAACAAUAGUGAAUAAAGCAUUAAGCUCUUAUAUUGAAAUGACUUCCCAAUUUUAUCUAGGUUUUAAAAGCAAUUUCUGUGUGAAGUGGAAGGAUAAAACCUUCUGUGCUCUACAAACUGUUUAAGCUGUUCCAGUUUUUAGGUACAAUAAAUGCAGCUUUUAGUGAGAUUUUGAGAAGUAUGAACUCCUGUGCUGCAUUUUGGUUUACCCGUGUGCGUUGUGGCCGUCGCCGGAGCAGCGCUGCGUGGCCGUGCUCAUGGCCGGGGGCUGGCAGGCGACGCACACGGUGUGUCCCUCGCGCAGGUACUGCAUCCAGCGCGCGUACGGCCGCGUCUCCAAAGCACACUGCUGGGAAAGGGAUUCCGUCCUGAACUCCACACAGUAUCUGCUCAGAGGGAAAAGAACCAAAUUAUGAGAGAUAAAGCACGAGCUAAGUAGGCACUUUGAAUGGACUUGCAUAUUGUAAGCGUGCUGUUUGUGAAAUGGAAGUUAGACAUCAUCAUUGCUAACAAAUCUUUCUGACCCUAACCCAAUCAGUGGAUUCUUAAAAACGUUAUGUAAACUAUUUCUCAUACUAUACCCCAGUCCAGUAUUUUAUGUACAAUCUCACUUUCUGGUAGUGUUCUGUAUUAAAUCAUUUUGAAAACCA